AUGGUCGAUGAGGAUAAAAAAUCGGGGACGAGAGUAUUCAAGAAAACAAGCCCGAAUGGAAAAAUCACAACAUAUUUGGGGAAACGAGAUUUCAUCGACCGCGGCGAUUAUGUUGAUAUGAUAGAUGGCAUGGUUCUCAUCGACGAGGAAUACGUAAAGGAAAACAAAAAAGUAACUGCACAUCUACUAGCUGCAUUUCGCUAUGGGAGAGAAGACCUUGAUGUGCUCGGAUUGACGUUUCGUAAAGAUUUGAUAUCGGAAACGUUUCAAGUGUUCCCACAAACGGAGAAAGCUAUCGCGCGACCGUUAACAAGGUUACAAGAACGGCUGAAACGAAAACUUGGUCCAAAUGCCUAUCCGUUUUGGUUCGAAGUUGCACCCAAAAGUGCAAGCAGUGUCACUCUUCAGGUUGGUUACGAUAGUCGUUCUCCUCCGAAAAACUGUAUCACCCAGCCUGCACCUGGAGACACUGGGAAACCUUGUGGAGUGGAUUAUGAACUGAAAACUUUCGUUGCCUGCACAGAAUCAGGCAAUUCAGAAAAAUCAAAGAAAAGCGCAAUAACUAACACCGUCCGUCUUGCCAUCAGAAAGUUGACUUACGCUCCGUUUGAAGCACGCCCACAGCCAAUGGUCGAUGUCUCGAAAUAUUUCAUGAUGUCAUCCGGUCUUCUGCACAUGGAAGUUUCAUUGGACAAAGAAAUGUAUUACCACGGAGAAUCUAUCGCUGUUAAUGUGCACAUUCAAAACAACAGCAACAAAACGGUCAAAAAGCUAAAAAUAUGUAUCAUCCAAGUAGCCGAUAUUUGCCUUUUUACAACUGCUUCCUACUCAUGUGAAGUUGCUCGUAUCGAGAGCAACGAAGGAUUCCCAGUCGGGCCGGGAGCUACACUUUCCAAAGUUUUCUCUGUCUGCCCUCUUCUCAGUAAUAACAAGGAUAAAAGAGGACUCGCACUGGAUGGACAACUCAAGCAUGAGGACACUAAUUUAGCUUCAAGCACAAUAUUGGACGCCAAAACUUCAAAGGAAAGCUUGGGGAUUGUUGUGCAAUACAGAGUCAAAGUUCGUGCUGUGUUGGGACCACUGAAUGGAGAACUAUUUGCUGAACUGCCAUUCACUCUCACACACUCCAAACCUCCAGAAACACCAGAAAGAACGGAGCGUGCUUUCUCGAUAAGCGAUGCUACUAAUGGCUCCGACCCUCAAGAUAUUGAUCUCAUUCAACUACACGAAGAACUAGAGCUACGGGAUGAUGACGAUCUGAUCUUCGAAGAUUUUGCUCGCAUGCGGUUACACGGAAACGACAGUGAGGAUCAGCCGUCACCAAGUGCCAACUUGCCGCCAAGCCUUUUGUGA